CGCGCCCGUCGUCCGCGCCGCGAUGGCGUGGUACGACGAAGAGACCGAGGACGAGCGGCUCGUGCGCGAGGCCGCAGAGGACGUCCACCGUCGCCUGCGCGUGCGAUCCGCGCGCGAGGACGACCGCGGCGCGGUGUUUCUCCCCGCGUCCACCUCGCGCGCGAUCGCGAUGCCCGCGUCCUCGCGCCCCGCGCUCGCGCCGUCGUCGUCGUCGCGCGCGCCCGCGCCGCGCACGCCGGAACCCCCCGCGUCGCCGUGGCGCGACGACGUCGCGAACGACGCGGACGCGGAUCGCAACAGAAGGCUCGCGCUCGCGAGGGACGUGGCCGCGCGGACGGGCGCGACCCCGGAUCUCUCGCGCAAAGUCGCGAGAGACGUGAUGGACGCGGAGAGGAAGGCGGUCCUCGCCGCGGUCGGGCCGUUGCUCGCGGCGAGCGAGACGCGACGCGCGUCGCCGCCCAGCGCCGGGUCCGAGUUCUCGUUCCGCGGAGGAGAGCGCGCGUCGCGAUCGGGGUCGAGGGACGCGGCGAACGCGGCAAAUCAUCAUGAUUCCCCGCGAACCGACGACGACGACGACGGCGCGGGGGGCAUGAGCGCGGCGCUGUGGGAGAUGGCGAGGACGCCGCCGCCGGAGGAGGUUCGCCGCGCGCUGGGGUACAGAUCCUUCGGCGUCGACGCGGCGGCGCGCGGCGGGUUCGGGAGCGACGACGACGCGGGAGGAGGACGAGGAGGACGACGAGGAGGAGGAGAAGGAGAGAAGGACGUCGAGGCGUGGACGCGAGAGUACGACGAAAACGACGACGUCGCGAGGCGAGCGACGACGACGGCGACGGACGCGUGGGCGCACUCGAUGGACGCGCGACGGCGGCUCGCGCGCAUUGCCGCGGCGACGAAAGACGCCGCGAUGUACGGCAUGCACAGGCUCGAUCUGGAGAAGAACCCGACGGGGACGACGCCGCCGAGGCUGAGCCUCGCGACGGGCGGGACGGGCGGCGCGGAGGAGGCCCCGCCGCUCGAGGCGUCCGGGUCCGCGCUCGCGGAGGAGUUCGCGUCGAUGCUCGACGCGAUCGCGUCGCGACCCGCGUCGCCGCCCGGGGGGGACGCGAGAAGCCUGAACGCGCGGUCGCCGCUGCCGCGACACUGGGCGCCCGCGGGAGAGCGCGAACGCGAGGCGGCGUCCGACGGCGGCGGCGGCGGCGGCGCGUACGGAGAGGGCGACGGCGACUCGGACCGGUGGUCCCCCGAGGACGCGGCGAACGUUCGCGCCGCGCGCGCGGCGGCGUGGCGCGCGGAGACCGCGGCGCGGGCGAUCGUGGAAGAGGAACGCCGCGUCCGCGAGAGCGUGGGCGUCUCCGUCGGCGAGCUCUUAGACGCGAGGGUGGAGCUCGCGGCGGCGACGGCGAGGGCGGUGAGCGAGGAAGCCGCGAUGAGCGUCGUCGCCGUCGCCGCGGAGGCGGCGUCGCUGCGGAUGACCGUGAACGAGAGAGCGCGCGGGGGUGAUCCGGACGAGCCCACCGCGGCGAAGCUCGCGGAGUAUUUAGAGCAGCCGCUGCCGGUCGUGGAGAAGAUCGUAGCGAGCUAGCGGCGGAGGGGGGGGGGCAUCCUCGCCUCGACGCGCACAGCUGUGCGUAGGUGUGUACGCGUGAAACAAACGGAAAGGUCU